UUUCUUGUUUCCUACUCCAUUCACAAUCGGCUUCUCUUCUCUCAAAAUCUCCCAAAUCUUUCCGGCAAAUUCCACCAUCUCCACCAAUGGCUGCCCCAAUGGUUCUCGAUCCAAAACUAACAUUAGAUUCUCUGGCAACACGAUCGGACCCCUCUACCAUAGAUCCGUCCUCCUCUACCACGGCGGAUAACGAGGAAGACCUCUACACUCGCCUCAAAUCCCUACAGCGGCAGCUCGAAUUCAUCGAAAUUCAAGAAGAAUAUGUCAAGGACGAGCUCAAAAACCUGCGCCGGGAGCACUUACGGGCACAAGAGGAGGUCAAGCGGAUCCAAUCGGUCCCGCUGGUUAUCGGGCAAUUCAUGGAGAUGAUUGAUCAGAAUAAUGGUAUCGUGGGCUCUACUACUGGGUCUAAUUAUUAUGUCAGAAUCCUUAGUACUAUCAACCGGGAGCUUCUUAAACCCUCCGCCUCCGUCGCGCUUCACCGCCACUCCAAUGCCCUAGUGGAUGUAUUGCCCCCAGAAGCCGACUCUAGUAUAUCGCUUCUCAGCCAGUCGGAGAAGCCUGACGUCACUUAUAAUGACAUUGGAGGGUGUGAUAUCCAGAAGCAGGAAAUCCGUGAAGCAGUUGAGUUACCUUUGACUCACCAUGAGCUGUACAAGCAGAUUGGUAUAGAUCCUCCCCGUGGUGUGUUGCUCUAUGGCCCUCCGGGAACUGGGAAAACAAUGCUUGCUAAGGCAGUUGCUCAUCACACGACUGCAGCCUUCAUUAGAGUUGUUGGCUCGGAAUUUGUUCAGAAGUACUUGGGUGAGGGGCCACGGAUGGUUCGUGAUGUAUUUCGUCUGGCCAAAGAAAAUGCUCCGGCCAUUAUAUUUAUUGAUGAGGUGGAUGCAAUUGCUACUGCAAGGUUUGAUGCCCAGACUGGAGCUGAUAGAGAAGUUCAGCGCAUACUUAUGGAAUUGCUUAAUCAGAUGGAUGGGUUUGAUCAGACAGUGAAUGUGAAGGUUAUAAUGGCAACUAAUCGUGCUGAUACUUUGGACCCUGCACUUCUUCGUCCUGGAAGGCUUGACCGGAAGAUUGAGUUUCCUUUGCCUGAUAGACGUCAAAAAAGGCUCGUCUUCCAGGUUUGCACUGCUAAAAUGAAUUUGAGUGAUGAGGUUGAUUUAGAGGAUUAUGUUUCACGACCAGAUAAAAUAAGUGCUGCUGAGAUUGCAGCUAUUUGCCAAGAAGCAGGAAUGCAUGCAGUUCGCAAGAACCGAUACGUUAUACUUCCCAAGGAUUUUGAGAAGGGGUAUAGAGCCAAUGUGAAGAAGCCCGACACUGACUUUGAAUUUUAUAAAUAAUUCCGCCUCCUGUUGAGAAUUGGCAAAAUGUCUCUUAGGGUUCUCAGAAUAUAUUCUGUUCAAUUGUUGUUUUCGUGUAGCUCUCCUGUAAGGCGAUCUAAAGUUGGGAUGAUGUUUUGUUCUUAACUUUCUAGAUGAUGAAGAUAAAAAUUGAAGCUUUUAACGAGUUCUUCUAAAUUUUAUUUUUUUCCCC